AUGGCGUGCUCUGUUGGCUCUGUGGCUCACAGCUUCGCCACAUGGUGGGCCUUGAGCUUUGGCUUUGGAAGGGCCAUGGUCUACCGUGAACGCGACGAAGAGGAGGAGGACUACGGUCCUCCGCACCCGGAAGAUGGCGGUUACGACGUGGCCUGGCCCGCUGGCCCUGAUGAGCAUGAGGAAUUCUCUGCAGCAGUUGCCGAGACUGUCAAUGACAAAGGGUACUGCGUCAUCAGCAUGGAGCUCGCCGACGAGGCCGUGAAGGAGAUCGAAGGCAGCGUGGGGCCGAUGGAGUGGGGCAUUUUUCCGGCGGAAACCGAGGAGGAGUAUUUGGGCGUGGAGGUGAGCGACUGCAAGGUGGCCUGGCUCCAGUACGUCGGCUAUCAGGCGAGCAAAGGCUCCGGGCUCCGGAUGUACGACAUCGAGGAGAUGGGGCCGAACAUGCAGAUGGAUCGGCUGGCGCCUCUGGAGCUCUGCGACCGAGCGCUGACGAACGUGGCGGCGCUGAUGUGGCCUUACACGCCGGAGUAUGAGGAUGACAAGGCUUUCGCAGUUUUCCAGCGCACCAGUGGAUUGGUGAGAUCCUCAAUUAAUCCCGGAGACGAAGGUGUUCGGAGCCGGACCUUCGGUCAGGACGAGCAGAGUGAGCUCGACAUGCACAUCGGCUUCGUAGAUGGCAAGCGUCUGGCGAUGAUUUUUCUCAUCGACAACGACGGUGGUGAGCUGGAGCUGUUCCCAAAUCCCACGGGCUACGACUACAAUGAGGUGACGCUUCCGCUCUCCAAGAACAAGCUCAUCGUCUUUCGUUGUGAUGCCCUGGGCUUGAACUACAGCUACCGCCCCAAAGGCAAGCACAUGGCGCUGCAGUCUUGGGUGCUGGACGUGCCUUCCGAGUGGAAGGACAAGGAGGAGGCCUUGCGAAUCCUAGAUGGCCCAGAGGAGCCAGAAGGCAGACGUAACAACGUCAUGGGGGUUUGCACCCGAUAUCCGGGUCUCGGCUUCGAGGUGCAGGCGUACUGGAACAUGUUGGCCGCCGGCACGGACACGGAGGUCAAAAUACCCGUCCAGCGCUGGGACACGGACAUCUACUAUAGGGCGGAGCACACGAUCGGCUUCUCAAUGACCUGCCAUGGAGCGAAUCUUCAACAGUCGGAAAUCGAGAUGUUCGACAACCAGUUCUUCGGCAUCGACAAGAGGGAGGCGAUAGAGAUGGCCCCUUACAUGCGAGUCAUGUUGGAGGUGGGCUAUGAGGCCCUACACAAUGCCGGGCACCGGCGAAGCGAGCUGAAGAACUGGAAGUGCGGCGUCUUCUGCGGGGAUUCCGGCUCCGACUGGGAUGGCAUUCACUACACGAUGGGCAAAGACCUGGACAUCAAGCUGGCGGGCAGGGAGCGCUCUGCAGCUGCGAAUCGGCUCUCGCACGUCUUCGGGCUUACGGGCCCGACCUCCACCGCCGAAACGGCCUGCUCGUCCAGCCUGGUUGCCACGGGCAUUGCGCAGAUGACGAUGAGGUCCAAGCUGGAGGAUCAGCAGACGCCCAACAUCACCACGGACCUGAAGCAUGGCCUCGUGAUUGGGAGCAACUUGCUCCUGGGUCCUGGUGGCUACAUCUCCCUGAGCGGACCGGGCAUGCUUACGCACCAGGGACGGUGCUUCACUUUUGACAACUCGGCGGAUGGCUUCGCUCGGGGAGAGGGCGUGGGCUCCAUCAAGCUGAAGGUCUGUGAGGAUUCCGUGGAAGCAUCCGGCCGAGUUGCCAUGCUGAUCGGCUGCAGCAUCAAUCAGGACGGUCGCAGCGCCUCCAUGACGGCGCCGCACGGCCCAUCGCAGCAGGAAGUCAUUCGACAGUCCAUGCGGGAGGCUGGCUUGUCCCCCAACAGUAUCACCAUCGCCGAGUGCCACGGAACAGGAACUGCGCUGGGAGAUCCGAUUGAGAUCGGAGCCUUGCGAGGGGUCAUGCGGUCAGACCGGGCCCGACCCAUUCUGAAGACCAGCUCCAAGACGAACCUGGGCCACUUGGAAGCCGGAGCCGGGAUGGCAG